CUAUUACAUGACCCCCAAGUAGGCCCGACUCCAUUGUUUACAAGCAUCCUGUGGGCUCGCGUCGGAGGUCCGCGGAAUUUCCUCUUAUAUAGGUCUGUUCUAAAAGCCCAAGGACCAUGGGACGCCGUAAGUCAAAGAGGAAGCCUCCCCCCAAAAGGAAGAAUAUUGAACCUUUAGACACACAAUUCAAUUGCCCAUUCUGUAACCACGAGAAAUCUUGUGAGGUUAAAAUGGACAAACCACGAAAUGCUGGAAGGGUGUCUUGCCGUGUUUGUCUGGAGGACUUCCAGUGUACUAUUAAUUAUCUCUCUGAAGCUGUUGAUGUCUACAAUGAAUGGAUUGAUGCUUGUGAAUCUGCCAACUGAUGAACCUCCUCUGAAAAAUUUGGGAAACAUUCACCCUUUACAUUUGAUGUUCCUCAAGCAGAAAUAGCUUAAAAUAUGUCAUUUACCACAUGCAUGUAUUCUUUGAUUCGCAAGCUGAUAAAGCUAUAGAGUAUCUGACAUCUAUCAGGUUGGCAGAAGUGCCAAUUCAAUGUAGAAUCACCCUCAUUGUUAACCAUUCUUGGCAAUCUUAAUGUUUGCAAAAUUAAACUCACUUCACAUCAUAUGUCAUUAUCAUACAAAUGUUUGCCAGUGAUGGAUUUAGGUCUUUUGUUUUCAUUUUGGUAUCUUGGAUUUCCCCUUUUAAUAAAUAGAAACAAAUAUUCUCAAAUUGGAAAGCAA